AUGGCCGUCGAGCGCCUGAAUCACUCGCUGAACGAUUCGCUGGAAAUCGGCAGAUCCCGAGUGAACGGAGGCUCGCAGUUUUCACCCUCCCGAUCCACGCCACCGGUGGCACCAGUGGAGAUGGGAGAAAAGGCCGACUUCAGGGCGUUUUCUGCGCAAGAGGACGAGCUCCCUGGCGGUUCGCUUUGCCCAGACCUCCUUCGCUACGACGAUCUUCUCCUGUUGCAAGACAAGACGAACGGCAAGAACCGGGCGCUGGGCGUCGAGAGGCUGCAAGCGGCCGUCGAGUCGGUGGAGAACUCCACAGUACUCGAAGACAACCUCCCGUCUCUGGUGGACGAGGCGUGCUCGGCAAUGGGUGACAGCCACAUCAAGGUCUGCCUGGCGGGCCUCCAACUCCUGGAUCCGCUCAUCAGGCGCACAGGGAGCAACCUGAGUCCCCACAUCUCGUCCCUGGUGGAGGCCGUGCUGGUCAAGAUGGGCAGGAACAAGCACGUCCUGAAAAAGGCAGGGAUGAGGAUCCUGGUGCACCUAAUGCACUACAGUCAGCCGCAGGACGUGCUGACCGAGAUCACCCGGUUCGGACUGAGGCACAAGCAGUCCAAGGUGCGAGAGGAAUCGCUCAACGUGCUCACGGCUGCACUCAUCCGUUUCCCUCGCUCUGAGUUUCGCCUCACCCAGCUGGCCAGGGACGUCGUUUCCCUGCUGAGUGACGGAAAACCGCACGUCCGUCAGGCCUGCAUGGAGUGCAUGGCCAAGAUCACAUCUCUGUGCAACUCAGAGGAAGAUCUGAGACAAGUCAUGUCCUUUGCUGCCAAGAACGGACACCACUCCCCCAAUGCUCCCCACAGCUUGGCGGCGCUCAAGGCCCUCGAGUGUCGCAUCGUUCGAGAGUGUGGCCCCCCUCGUCUGAGAGAAGACGGGCUGGUCGAGUACGGCAUGCCGGUGGUUGGCGUCGAUGUCCCGCUCUCCCAACACGGCCCCGACGUGGAAUGGAUCAGGAGCGGAGCCCUCGGUGGAGAGGGAAACCCGGUGUCCAAUGGUCUAGAGGAGAGCUCCGUGGCUAGGAAGGAGGCAAGGCUGCGUCCGUUUCGCAGUGCCUCCAAGAAACUGCCGUGGGAGAUUGACGAAGCCGAGAGGAGCAAAAAUGGCGACAUCAGUAACAGUCACCUAAAUGACACUACUGCAGAUCUGAACACUACCUUUACACUGCCGAAAGCUUCCAAGAAUGCAGCAACUUCCCGGCUGAUGAUGCACCAGCGACCACCUUCGUCCAAGCAGCUGUUUGCAAAGGAGGGAAGCCGAUCUCCUUCAUCUCAUCGACCUCCGACCGGCAGACGACAGCUGGCGCCACUCUCUGACUCUGAGAAGAGACGGAGCCCACCACGCAGCCCACCCCGCAGCCCAGUCAACAGCUCGGAAUCCUCCCUCUUCGUCCAAGACCUUCGCGACAUGGUUCCCCCUCCGUCCCGCGGAGGGCCACUGCCCCCACCGAUCCCUCCCCCGGGGACCAAAUUUUCCCGCCGACACCAGAGUCUCCCGAGUGGAGUCGCCAACCGUGACCUCCCGACAAGAGGUCAGCAACACAAGACGGUCAACUUUGGCAACGGGUCACCUCGACUGGGCCCGAUUGGCAGUCCGACAAGCAGUAGACACAACCAGCUACAUGUGUCAGAUGAGGCUCAGUCUGGCGUGUCUGGGGUGCUCCCCCCAGCCGUGCCUCCCUCUGAGCUGGUCGAAUCGUGGCCUCGCUCUCGCGUCAGAGCUCGAGGCAAGGGACCGGCGGUGACUGGUGCUCCAGCAGGACCCUCAGAGCUGAUCACUGCUGACCCUCUCAAGGCUUUUGGAGGAGUUGGGGAUCCAGUCCGGACGAGCGUUGUUCGUCCUCCUUCCAAGCCGCGGGCUCGCAACCCCAUCAUCAUGAAGCAGCGACAGGAAGAGAAGAAACUCAGGACCUCCCUCCUCCAACAGCACCAGCAACAGGAGAGUUCCCAGGAGAACAGUCCGACUCAGACGGAGAAGGAGUUCCUGAUGUGUGCCAACACCACGCUCCAGGACGAUUACUACUACUCCAGUGUCCCCGAGGACACCACGGGACUGGAGCACAGCCUCUCCUCCUCACUCACCUCUCUCUGUCGCCACCCAAAGGAACCUGCCCAGUCCACCAGGACAACAGAGGUUGAGAAACUGGAGCAAGUCAGAAAGGAGAAGGGGUCUCGCAAGGCCCCGCAUCACUCAGCCGUCUGUUCCCAGUCCUAUUCUCCACAAGCUCCACACGAUGAAAUCCCCGUUGGACUCAGUCACAAACGGAGACAGAAGAAGAGGGAGGAGGCGGCAGCAGCUGACGAGGCAGCCGAGAAGAGGGCCAGAACCGGUGUGAGGGUGGAGAAGGACUUCAACAAGACGUUCACUCUUGGCGAGUCGCUUGCCCAUGCCGACCCCUCGUCAGUCUCCUGGCAGACUCUGCAGGCUCUGGCACAGACUGCUCCGUCCCACCUCCCCCCGAGAUACCGACCAAGACCAAGAAGAAGACGAAGAGAAACGGAGCAACGAAGCUCUGGCAGCUCGGAGGGGUCCGACCCAACCUUCCACAAUGUCAGAAUCAGAGGACCUGUGAGAGAAACGAGCCUCUUCCGAGUCGCCAAGACGGUCGAAAGGCGACGGUCAAGACUGGGACUCCGCAAGGCGGGGGCUCUGGGUCCCGAAGGCCAACGCCCCUCAAUAGAGAGGGGAGGCACAAACACAAUCAAGAUGGAGGUCAACGGAGUCAAAUCUCCACCUCCUCCGGCACAACUCUCACCCGAGAAAGAGCUGUCUCCACCGGCAGCAGUACCGCCAGCCAGAGGCGGGGCCAGGGGCAGGAAGCAGAGACAGUCGGAGCCUGCCUUCAUGUUUGGAAGCCACGAGACAAAGAUGGCUAUGGGCGGACACGAUGACUCUCCCACUGGAACCACUCGUGGUGGAGCUACUCUCACCGACGAGAGCCCGGAUGGGAGCAGCGAGAGGCUUCUCCCCGAAGUUCCCCGCCAGUCGCGCAAGAAACACUCCAAGUACGCAGUGAUAGGAGGAACCAGGGGAACCAGAGAGGACCACCGCCUGGCGCAGAGCAACGGACACCACCACAGACGUCGAGGGAGCUGCGAUGACGGCUUCCCAACAGCGACGACGGGGGAAAAUGGAUCUCCAAUGAACAGGAGUCUUCCCGAUCUCCAGCCAUUCUCCAGCCCCGAGCGUGGGCUGCGAGAAGCGCUGUCGCAGCUGGACGACAGCGACUGGAACAAGAAGUGCGAUGGGCUGUUGGGAGUCAGACGACUGGCUGCCUACCACACACAGAGACUCAUCCCCGACCUCCACAACGUGACACUGGCUGUAGUCAAAGAGGUGGAGAACCUCCGAUCAUCAGUGGCCCGAGCUGCCAUUAGCUGUCUGGGAGAUGUGUUUGUCUAUGCUGGUCACUACAUGGACCCUGAGCUGGAUAGGGUUGUGAAGGUACUGCUGCACAAGACAGGAGAGUGUAAUGCGUUCCUGCGAGAGGACGUCGAGAAAACAAUGCACGAGAUUGCCCAGCACGCCACACCAGGGAAACUGCUCCUGGCCAUCGUUGCAGGAGGCUUCAAUCACCGCAACUCCCAGCUCCUUCAUGCCUCCAGAGACAUCCUGGAGAAGGCACUCAUUGCUACACUCGGUUUUGUCGGCGACGCCACUGCUGAUCCAAGGUUCUAUGGCCGAGUGUGCCUCAGUCACCUCAUGACAGAGCCUGACUUUGAGAGGAUUGCCUCGCGAACUCUGAACACCCAGCAAUGGUCAAAGAUGAGAGACGCUGUGGAAAUGAUCAGAGUCAAGGGAGUAGGGGAUCCUCCAAGUGAGGCCACUCCCACCACUCGCUCCAGACACCCGACGGGGGGAACCUCGAGGGCCACUAGCCAUGCGAAGGGGACGGGGGGACCGAGGACAUCGGUAGCCGUCCACUGCGGGGAGAACCCUCCCCUCCCAGAUCGUUUGGUGGAGCGACUGAACGCCGGUAACUGGGAGGAUCGCCAGGAGGCCAUCAACGUCUUGGAGCAGUUUGUGGAUCGGCAUCCGAAGGCUCUGGAGCCUCACAUGAAUAAGACUGGGGUUUCUCAACUCUGUGGAUUGACGAUGACGUCUUUCCUGACAGGUUUUGAUGCUUUCAACCCGAGGCUGACAGACCGGAACAGCAAGGUGAACCUGCGGGCACUCCAGGCCUUCAGCAACAUGGUCCCUCUCCUGGGCAGUCUACUGGCACCUCUCAGUGCCAACAUUAUCAAGGCUCUCAUGCCCAACCUGGCCUCCAAGAAUUCUUCCAUUCUUUCCGCCGCAACUACCGUCUUUGACCUCAUCUCACAGUGCAUUGAUCCGGCACAUCUAAUUCAACCAAUAGCCACACAUUCUCAACACGGCAAUGCCAGGAUCCAACCCAUCAUGAUCAAUAAACUCGCAGAGCUGGCUGAAGUGAUCCACAGCUACAAUCCCAGGCUGGUGGUGAGGCAGAUCCUGCCUGUGGUGUGGCACUUCAUGGCGGGGAAGCCACCUGGCUCCAACGAGGUGAAGGAGGCCAUUGUCGCUCUCUGCCACACUCUGUACGACGUGAUGGGGCAGAGUCUCCUGGACUGCGCCUCCACCCUCUCCCCACAGAGCCAGCAGAGGCUGAACCGAAUUCUACUACUCGACAAACUUUAGCUAGGUGUUCACGCUGUAUGUUUCAGUCACAUUUUUGUCUGUGUCUGUGUUGCACGCCAUAGGUUUUGUUUGUUUGUCACCUGUCAGCAUUGGACGUUCACUCACUAAUUUUAAACCACCUGAAAUCAUACAC